ACCUGUGCGUGUACGCCGCAGAGUGAUGCCGUCACCCACCCACCUUGCCAGUCGUCAUCUGGUAUCGACCACGUGCGAAUCCAUCAGUAGUCAGUCAGUCAUCGCUGCCCGUACCAUCAGCUCGUCUGAUCGCCGCUGCCGCCGUCCGUGGUCCGUCGUGGAUUGGAUUGGAGGAAAGACAAUGUCCUGGGAUUGUCUGCCGCUGGAGCUCCUGGAGCACAUCUUCCAGAAUCUGGACUUCGACGAGCGGAAACCGCUGUCGCUGGUUUGUCGCCGAUGGAACCAGGCGGUGUAUUCCCGUCCGCUAUGUCGCAGUUUGUGUAUCGAGCUGAGUCGAGGGGUUUGGGAACAGGGCGGAGUGGCAGAGCAGGUGACGGUGGUGGAUGACGCAGUGGUGGAGGCUAGUGAGCGAGAUUAUCGUACGGUUUAUGUUAAAUGGUGUAGAGAUACGAGUGAAGAGGUGCUGACGUCGAUAAGUCGGUUGUUGGGAGUGUUGGAUGAAAAGUGCUUGCUGGAGGGAUUAAUCAUUGAUGCGCCCCUCGGUCAUGGGCUGUGCGAAUUUUUCCGAACGCAUAGUGAGUUGUUGGCGCGAAUUCGGAAGCUCCAAGUAUCUACCGGAACAAAGGAUAAUGGAUUAAAGGCGGAUGUAUGUGUCCUGAAGAUGGACCAGUUGGAGACACUCUUUUGGAGAGAAAUAGUAUCAGGAGUUCACGUUCACAAUAAGGGACCCUUAUUCGUGAUAGAUGCACCUAAGCUUCACACCGCUAUCGUGAAGUUCGGUGAUUCAGAUUUAGAUAGAAGGAUUGCAUGGCAUAACGGAUUUAUGGAGCUUGGUCAGUGUGCGAGUCUCAAAACAUUGAAGGUACAUCUACACCCUCGAAUGUGGAACAAUUUCUUCAAACAGAGCUUGGAAGCCCUGGAAGAUCUGACAAUCUACCAUAGAGUAGAGGACGAGUAUGCCCGUGACUGGGACUGCAUGUUCUCCAAUAUGCCAAACUUGGCAUCGCUUAGAAUGAGAAAAGUCAACGAUGUGAUUCUAAACGCCAUAAAUCGCCACUGCCUCCAGCUACGUGUACUGUUAUUGGACAACGUAGAUCUAACAGACGGAUUUCUCUCCGUUGAUAGAAUAUUUCCACGACUUGAACAUCUCCGGUUGGAAACAGCUGAAAUCCAUUCCAAUAAGACUCUCUACCUGCCCGUUCUAAAGGAUCUCGAAUGGUUCAACGUUAAGAACCAAAGUGAACAAUCGCUAACUUUGGCCGCGCCAAUGCUUCGAACCCUUCGUCAAAUCCGGGACGAAGCCCCGGAUUUCAUCCUAACCACCAAGUCCCCACUGGAAAAACUUCAACUCGACCUGCACGAAUCGGACAUCCCAGAACACUUCUUCCAACCAUUCCCGAACAUGCGAGAGCUGAGCAUUCGCGUCAGCUCGGCUUGUCCAGAACUGGACCGGAUGAUUCCGCACUUCCGGAACAUCACCGAGUUUGUGCUGAUUGCGUACAACGCUCCGCUGCAGUGCGAUCAGCUGCUGAACGAAAUGUUAAAACACUGCAACAACGUCACCUCGAUGACCUUAUGCGGCUUCAGCCCGAACUUGGAGCUGUCCUUCCCGGUGUUCGCUCAGAUCUUCCGGAAUCCAAAUCUGAAGUCGCUGAAACUAUUCGGAUUGACCGUAACGGGGAACUCGUUCCCGGUGCAGAUCCACCCCGGGCUGGAAACCUUCGAGCUACGCCAGGUCAAGGUGAUGGACGUUGCAUUCGGCGCAUACGUCUUUCCCUCGGACGACAGCCGAGUAGUGUGCCUCAAGAGCGACGAAUGCUGCAGCUACUCGUCCAGUGAUUGCGAGUGAAGGCCAAACAACAGCGCGCGACCGCUAAACGGGCGGUCGUGUGUGUGGCGAUGAUAUGGCGUGCGUGCUCUACUCGAAUGGUUGUUUUUAGUUACACGAGUUUAUUUUUUACGAAUCUAAGUCGCAGUAUUUAUUUGAUUAUGGUCGCAAAACACAUUAUCGUCUCUUCAAGAGCAUUUACUUUAUUUCCGGCAAAACGCUGUAAGCAUAAAAUGUAAGCAAAGCUUGCCUUUCUAACCCUGGUGGUGGAAAUUUGAACUAACGAGAAGAAUACUGAUUCAAAGCUCAUCCAACAUUCAUGAGAAGACGCUGACAAUAAAUGAAGUUUGAUUUGGAUUUAUGAGAAGAUUACAGAGUACAUCUAUUACCUAAUUAAACGAGGGUUCAUGCACGUACAGUUUAGCAGUCAAGAAGAGUGACUUAUUUUGCUCCACAAUUCUCGUCAACAUAGGAAAUGUAAAACAGUUUUGUAAUAUCUCAGGAAUCGUCGUUACCUCAAGCAAAAUAGACAAAUGCGCAAACAUACACCAGUAAGCGGUACAACCAGCACUGCCUGUUAAUGCAGACACCAAACAAGAAGAUCAUACAUCAGUCAGCUAUUUAGUUUAGAACGAGAUUUUGACGGGCAUCUUUAGUUCUGUUAAAAGCAGAUCAGUUUUUUUCCUUACUUAUCUACCAGAACAGGUCAAGAAAGAAGUCCAUUCCAUAAGAACGGUUGAACACAGCCAAAAUGAUGUGGAAUAAAAAAUAAUAGUAAUGUGAUUA